AUUCCUCCGGGCAGAAACAACAGCCUCCGCGGCCGCUCGCUGUCAUUCGUCCAGCUGGUGCGGUCGUGGCAGCGGCGGAGUGGAGCAGCGAGGAGCCACAUGUACCCGAAGCUCACCAGUGUGGCGGUCAUCCGAGGAUUACCGGGGACUUACUCAAUUUUCGCCGGACAUCUUUAGCCGCACAAAAGCGGAUCGAACCGAGAGGAAGCGAGCGUCAGAUUGAGAUCUAGAUCCGCCGUUUGUUGCUUCAACCCGCCCUCUGCUGCCUCCUACUGACCAUGUGGUGUGUGUGCGCGCUGCUGCUGGCCCUCGGAACCGCAGGAAUCGGCUCGUCGGACCCGGACCGGCUCAGACAUGAUUCCAACCUGGAGAUCUACAAGCGGCUGUUUGAGACGAAGAGGAAGGACCAGCUGAACGCUCUGAAGAACCUGGUGGAGCUGAACGACAUCAACCAGCAGUACAAGAUCAUUGACAUCAUGCUGAAAGGGCUGUUCAAGGUCCUGGACGACUCACGGCAGGUGCUGGUGGCCGCCAACAUGCAGCCCGACGACCCGUUUCCCGUGGACGACAAAGUCAAAGAAGCCUUCUCUCAUGUGGUGGAGAACACAGCCUUCUUCGGCGACGUGGCUCUUCGCUUCCCUCGCAUCGUCCACCACUACUUUGACCGCAACUCGGAUUGGGGGGGGCUGCUGCGCUGGGGGCUCCACUUCUGCAACCAGACGGGCGUCUUCACCGGCGGAGCUCACCAGCACGUCCUGACACUGAUGUCCCAGGAGCUCGGAAUCACAGAGAAGUCUCCAGACUUCACCAACCCGUACCGCACCGAGCGAGACGACGUGCUGCACACCGCCGAGGCCUUCCAGAAGAUCCUGAGGGAGGAGGAGAAGAGGAGGAGAAAGGAGGAGAAGAGGAAAGAGAUCAGGAAAGGCCCGCGAAUCUCCCGCUCACGGACCGAGCUGUAGCAGCCCGGCGCCACCAACCGAGG